CGUUUAAUACAGCCUCUCUCAGUCUAUACUAUACAUACACAAAUUUGUAUCUAUAGCCCUACACCUACACCUCUACACCUCUACAAGCACACACAUCAGUGUGUAUUGCUGUGUCUUCUGCAACACAAUCCCCAAAACACUCAACAUUUGUCAUUUGUGCAUAUUUGAAGCCAAAAAUCACAGUUUCUGUAGCGAUUUUUGAAGAAUUUUUUGAAGAUUUUUUGAGAAUGGAGGUUGAUAUGGAGGAUGAUAACAGUAGCGGCGGUGAUACGGCGGUUGAGUUCACGUUUACGGCGGUGGAAAUCGAUAUCGAUUACGAGUUUGAAGCGGCGAGGUUUUUUGAUUUUACGAGAACGGAGACGAUCGAUGAAGCUCGUGAAGCGGAGAUGUGGUUUGAGUCGGUUGGAAGCUAUCCGCCUUCGCCAUUUGCCGUCAGGUUACUUUCAAGAGGAAAAAGUGAAAACUCCAACGGUUCUACAAUAUCAAAAGGUUUUGAUAAUGCAAAUCACUCGGAUAGUGGCUCUGAUCGAGCACCAGACGAUUCUACGAUGGCUAUGAGCAACACAGAUGGUGAUGUGGCGAACAGGGGAGUUCGUUUGGACUUGAAGGGUUACUAUCUACAAGCAUCCCAGAAGCAACAUACUAACGGCUUUAUACCAAAAGAUAGCACAAGAAACACCAAUUAUAAUUAUAAAUCUAAAACAAAAUCAAGUUGGAAGCCAUCGUUACCAAGGAUCUCAACGUUGAUGAAACCUACAGCAAGUCAAUUGGCUAAACAAAAUCAGGAGCGUUUAAUAGACCAUUUCAGAUUUCAAAAACCGGCAAACACUUCUUCGGUAGUCGAAAGUCAAGCUGCCAAAAGACAAAAGAUCGAGGGAGGCCACUUGUUUAAGGUCACCGACACAAAGCAACAAACUAAUUUUGUCCACAAGGCACCAAAAAAGGAAGGUGCUUUAGACGGUAAUUUAGGUCAUGGUAGGUUACGAAUCACCGUUCCUAGACCUCCUGAUCUUGCAACCGCUCAAAGGGCACAAAGAAUAAGGCAAAAAGGUGAUAAUGAAAACGAGCACUUGGCAUCAAGAGCUUCCGGAUUUCGAGCUCGUCCACUCAACAGAAAAAUUUUCGAGGCACCUUCAUCGUUGCACCAAAAACGAAGCACUCCCCAGUUACCGGAGUUUCAAGAGUUUCACUUGAAGACAACUGAGCGGGCUGUACAAAACACUGCUGCUGUACCAUCAACUUCAGCAUGUUGCAACAAUUUAAAGGCACCACAUAAACAUAGUAUUGCCUUUGGAACAGAAAGUAGCAGUAGAGAGUCUAAAGGAUCACAUGUUUCGGGUGUUCCGAAACAAGAGGAUUGUGAAACAAUUCACAGAUUCAAAGCCCUACCCCUUAACAAGAAGAUAUUUUCAAGUAAAGGAGAUCUAGGAGUUUUUAGAAGCAACAAGAGGGAGACCACGGUCGCCAUGGCGUUUAAUUUUCAAACCGAAAAACGAGCUCAGCAUGCUCCACCAGUUGAUCUCUUUAACAAGCUCUCGUUAGCAUCAGAAUCUGGUUCGCGGUCAUCUAGGCCUCCGUCUAUUUUUACAAAGGGCUCAAAAGAAAACCGAGUAUGCUCGUUUCAACAACAAAGUGCGGUGAACACACCAAAACCGGGAUCAAAACAGGUUCACUUUGCCAACACGAUCACUGAAGGCCCUCCCUUAUCAACAAUUAGCAGAAACUCAGGAAUACGUUAAAAGUUGGUGCCAUUAUGGAAUCGAUGUCGGGCAGGUCUGGAUCUAGCAAAUCUUGUUAGUCUUUGUGCCGACUACACCAUACGACCAUUAACGUGUUUAUAACGGGUGGAAAGGCAAUUUGUACAGCUCCUCCCCAGUGGUUUUCUAUUUUUAUUACAAUGAUUAACCAUAUAUCAUAGAGGAAGUUGAUGCUAGUUUUUUGGUUCGAUAAACCGAAAGCCGUGAACCGAAUCGGGUCGGGUCGGGUCUAGUGUGUUCCGGUGGCUUCUAUAAAUUACUAGGUCUUAAAAGGAAAUAAAAAAAAACGUAAGAUUACAUUGAAA